AUGAGGCCCCGGAAAGCCUGUCUGCUCAUCCUGCUCCUGGCGCUGGCGCAGCUGCUGGCGGCCGCCGGCGCCGGGGAGCCGGGUGAAGAUUCUUCUAACAAAGAAGAUGCCAUUGAGGAGGAAGAGGAGGAGGAGGAGGAGGAGGAGGAUGACUUAGAAGUUAAAGAUGAAAACGGUGUCCUAGUCCUAAAUGAUGCAAACUUUGAUAAUUUUGUGGCUGACAGAGACACAGUGCUGCUGGAGUUUUAUGCUCCGUGGUGUGGACACUGCAAGCAGUUCGCUUCAGAAUAUGAGAAAAUUGCUGGUGCCUUGAAGGAGAAUGACCCUCCCAUUCCUGUCGCUAAGAUCGAUGCGACCUCAGAGUCAGCGCUGGCCAGCAGGUUUGAUGUGAGUGGCUACCCUACCAUCAAGAUCCUUAAGAAGGGGCAGGCUGUCGACUACGAGGGCUCCAGGACCCAGGAAGAAAUUGUUGCCAAGGUCAAAGAGAUCUCCCAGCCCAACUGGACACCUCCACCCGAAGUCACACUUGUGCUGACCAGAGACAACUUCGAUGAGGUGGUGAAUGAUGCAGACAUCAUUCUGGUGGAGUUUUAUGCCCCAUGGUGUGGACACUGCAAGAAAUUGGCCCCUGAGUAUGAGAAGGCCGCCAAGGACCUGAGCAAGCGUGUCCCACCGAUCCCCUUGGCAAAGGUCGACGCCAUCGCGGAAACAGACUUGGCCAAGAGGUUCGAGGUCUCUGGCUAUCCCACCUUGAAAAUCUUCCGCAAGGGGAAGCCUUUUGAUUACAAUGGCCCACGGGAAAAAUAUGGGAUCAUGGACUACAUGAUCGAGCAGUCAGGGCCACCCUCCAAGGAGAUUCUGGCCCUGAAGCAGGUCCAGGAGUUCCUGAAGGACGGAGAUGAUGUCAUCAUCAUUGGGGUCUUUAAGGCAGAGAGUGACCCAGCCUACCAGCUGUACCAGGAUGCUGCUAACAACCUGAGAGAAGAUUACAAAUUGUACCACACUUUCAGCACGGAAAUAGCAAAGUUCUUGAAGGUCUCUCUGGGAAAGUUGAUUGUAAUGCAGCCUGAGAAAUUCCAAUCCAAGUAUGAGCCCAGGAGCAACGUGAUGGACAUCCAGGAUUCCACGCAGGGGUUGGCCAUCAAGGACUACGUGUUGAAACACACCCUGCCUCUCGUGGGUCACCGCAAGACCUCCAAUGACGCCAAGCGGUACACGCGGCGCCCUCUGGUGGUCGUCUACUACAGUGUGGACUUCAGCUUUGACUACAGAGCUGCCACUCAGUUCUGGCGGAACAAGGUCCUGGAGGUGGCCAAGGACUUCCCUGAGUACACCUUUGCCGUGGCUGACGAGGAUGACUUUGCAACGGAGGUGAAGGACCUGGGGCUCAGCGAGAGCGGGGAGGACGUCAACGCAGCCAUCCUGGACGAGAGUGGGCGGAAGUUCGCCAUGGAGCCGGAUGAGUUUGACUCGGACGCCCUCCGCGAGUUCGUCACCGCCUUCAAGAAAGGAAAACUGAGGCCAGUCAUCAAAUCCCAGCCAGUGCCCAAGAACAACAAGGGUCCGGUCAAGGUCGUGGUGGGGAAGACCUUUGACUCCAUCGUGAUGGACCCCAAGAAGGACGUCCUCAUUGAGUUCUAUGCGCCCUGGUGUGGGCACUGCAAGCAGCUGGAGCCCGUGUACACCACCCUGGGCAAGAAGUACAAGAGCCACAAGAAUCUGGUCAUUGCCAAGAUGGAUGCCACUGCCAAUGAUGUCACCAGUGACCGCUACAAAGUUGAGGGCUUCCCCACCAUAUACUUUGCGCCCAGUGGGGACAAAAAGAACCCAAUUAAAUUUGAGGACGGAAACAGAGAUCUGGAGCAUUUGAGCAAGUUUAUAGAAGAACAUGCCACAAAACAGAGCAGGACCAGGGAAGAGCUGUGAAGGCGCUGAGGUCUGCGGAGAGCGGGAAGGACCAGACACCGUAGCUGCCGGCGGCCGGAGCCGAGCCAGCCGUGCGGCUGAUGGGCCAGUAGGGCAGGGGCAGUAUCUCGAGUUUUUGUUUUUGGAUUAAUUUUUUAUACUCUGAUAUUUCACCUCAUGCUCUGAAUAUUGAAUAGAUAUGAAUGACUCGGUAGAUUAGUCCAGAUUUUUACAGAGGAUACAUCUAUUUUUAUCAUUAUUUGAGGUCUGAUUUUUUUUAACCUUCCGCUCUCUAUUUCGUCAAAGCAGAUAAAUUGAAUCUCAUAUGUGAAUUUUUUUUUUAUGUAAAAUUUAAAAGAAACACUUGCCCAAUCAUGUUGAUUUUUGCCUUUUAUUUUACCGUCUGAGGGAUUAUUUGUUGAAGAUGAUGUCAUGUUGCUGUGCUUGGUUUUUGUUCCUGCCUGUAGCAGCACAAACUAGGAGCUAUCCUCGCACACCCUGCCGAGAAUGACAUCAUCCCCACCUCAGAGCCGCGUCCAGUCAGACAGAAGCAGCUUGUCUGGGCGAGACUGGGUGUCACUGUGCCUUCUUUCAAACCAAGGACCGCAGGGUGAGGAGCGUUUCCUGGGUCCCCCAGACCCUGCAAGCCAGGUUCCAGGCUCAGCCUUGGGAGAGGCCACCCACCUGUGGCCGGCAGCCGCCUCUUCAGUCUCGUUGCUGGAGGAGAGAGGGCACGGGAGGUCAUCAUUUAGGGUGAUAGGUAGGCUGCUGUGAUGGAAUAAAAACGUUACUGAAAAUCAA